AGUGUUUAGUCGGUGGCGCGUAGUCUGAAUCGAACGGCUCGCCGAAACGCACGUUCGCCGUUGCAGUGAUAAGUAUUUCGCGCAGUCUCGGCUUUCGUUCCCGACGAAUAUUUUUGCUGUCGUUGAAUUUUUUUUUUUCCAACCGAUCAGUUUCAUUCCCGUCGACACAAGUCCUUCUGACUGGGUAUUUUUCAACGUACCUAUAUGCAUGUAGUAGUGUGUGACUGAAACGAUUCGAACACCGUAAUAUUAAUAGUUAUCGCAUCAAAUAUAUUGAAAUACGUUCAAAAAUAUAGUAACGAUUAAACUAUAUAAUACCAAAUUAUAUUAUACGAAUACCAACACACCGUACGAUCGUUUUGGACAGAUGCAUCAAUAGCCGCCGAAUCGUUUUUGAAUAAUUUCACCAAGAUUCACUUUAAAAAAUGGAUCCACUUGACGAUGUUGACAAUUGUGAACCCCAUCAUCACCUGCUUAAAAGACCACCUGUAGAUAUCGAAUUUUCAGACUUGACUUACAGUGUACCCCAAGGACGAAAUGGAUCAAAAAUUAUUCUUCGAAGUGUAAGCGGUUUGUUCAGAUCCGGUGAACUGACAGCGAUACUCGGACCGUCUGGCGCUGGGAAAAGUACAUUGAUAAAUGUAUUAGCUGGUUAUAGAUGUGGUGAUGCCCGAGGUUCCAUCAUGGUAAAUAGCCGACCAAGAGAAAUGAAAUCAUUUCGAAAAAUGUGUCGUUACAUAAUGCAAGAAGACCUCUUGCAACCAGCACUUACAGUAUUAGAGUCAAUGGAAAUAGCAUCAGACUUAAAGCUGGGUUAUACGAUUUCCAAAGAAAACAAACUUGAAUCUAUCGAAGAUAUCCUACAAAUGCUUCGACUUACUAAAUCUAAACACACACUCAUGGAGAAUUUAUCUGGCGGAGAAAGAAAACGAUUGUCAAUCGCUUUGGAGCUUGUUAACAAUCCCCCUGUAAUAUUUUUGGAAGAACCUACGACUGGCUUAGACGACUUAUCCAGUUCACAGUGCGUGUCAUUACUUAAGGAUCUUGCCUAUGGUGGAAGAACGAUCAUAUGUUCUAUACACACACCCAGUGCAAAACUAUUUGCAAUGUUUGAUCACAUAUAUAUAGUGGCCGAAGGACAGUGUAUGUUUGCAGGAGUUGGCCAGGAUAUGGUUCCAUACCUAUCUACCGUAGGACUCAAUUGCCCUAAACACUACAACCCGGCAGACUUUAUGAUCGAAGUUUGCAGUAGGGAAUAUGGAGAUUAUUCGGAAAAAAUGUCAACAGCAGUAGACAACGGUAAAUGUUUGAGGUGGUUCAAAGAUAAUUCUGAAACAAGGAAGCCAAUUGUACGCCGAGCGUCACAGUACGACACUGUUUCCAAUCAUCUAUACGAUUUUUCUAGUACGGGAUGGUCUCAAUUUAACGUGCUCCUCAGGCGAAUGAUGAUACAACAUAAAAGAGACUAUACGUAUUUAUUGUUCAAACUGUUCAUGUACACAUUCAUCGGCCUAGUAGUCGGUGGCAUGUUUUUUCAAUUUGGAAAUGACGCUUCCAUGACUAUUUUCAACUAUGGGUUUAUAUUUAUUACAAUCAUCGUUUUUAUGUAUACACCACUUAUGCCAGUAUUGUUAAAAUUUCCUACAGAAGUUCAACUUUUGAAACGGGAAUACUUCAACCGUUGGUACGGGCUGAACGCUUAUUUUUGUGCACUCACUUGCUCACAACUCCCGAUGCAGAUUAUUCUAUCGUCAAUCUACAUAGCGAUAACUUACUUCUUGACAAACCAACCGUUGGAAUGGGAACGAGGAAUUAAAUUUUCCGUCGUUUGUUUGAUGGUGUCCUUGUCUUCAGAGAGUUUGGCGUACGCGAUUUCUUCACAAUUCAACGUUACGAACAGCGUGUUCUUCGGACCGUGCGUGGCUUGCCCAAUGAUGCUGCUGGCGUCGUUCGGUCUGGGCUACGAGGAGCACGAGAUACCCAGUAUCAUCAGGCUGGGCAUGAACUUCAGUUACCUGCGGCACGGCGUCGAGGCGCUGGUCAUGUCCGUAUACGGCAACGGCCGCGGCCGGCUGGAGUGUCCUAAGAGCGAGGACUACUGCGAUCUCCGGGACCCUGCGGCCCUGUUCAAGACGGUCGGCAUGUCCGAAGUGACGUACUGGGGAUCCAUGAGUGCCCUGUGCUGCAUGUUCCUCAUGUUCAAGUUGGCUUCGUACGUGAUGCUCCGGCGGAGGCUCAGCACCAAACAGUCGCUCCUGCUCAAGCUCGGUUUCGUCGGCCGCUUCAUCAAGGCCAACUUCAAUAUUCCUCGCUGAACACCCUAUAAUAUUUAUAUACAUACGACUCUAUGUAUCAUUAUGUAUAUAUAUAUUAGUAGUAUGUACAUAACGAAUAUUAUGACUUGAAAAUGAGACGUGACGGUGCGUGUAUACAGGAUGUUCGCCUCACAAGUCAUAAUAUAAAUACCAAACAGCAUUUGUGAUAUACUUUUACUAUACGAUAACUAUACUGUAAAAAAUAAUUAUGAAAUUUAUGUUUAUAAUACGUCAUCACUGUCCUAAUAAUAAUGCAGGUACGUACAUCAUAUAGGUACGAUUUAUCGACUUGAAUCGUGUGAUAUUUAUAUAUAUAUGACGUAUCUAUUAAAUUAUAUUGUACAUACGAUGUUGGGAAAUAGGAAUGACCGAUUUAUAUGCGUGUCAUAUUUAUAGAAAUAAUUUUUAAAAAUAUAAAUAAAAGUAUUUUUUAAUGAUUUGAAACUUUAA